AUGUCGGCUCCUGAAGGUGACUCCUCUUACAUUGGUCCUCCUGUGGCUAAGAAUUCCACCAAUGAUUCCGAAUCCAACCUGAGUGAACUUGUAUCCCCGCCCAUAGAAGACGAAAUUGACGUGGUCGAAUAUGCACCUUCCACUGAAAACAUAGUCCGUAACUUCACCAGACAAGAUGCAGACUCCAUCGUCGGUGGUGAACUGUUCACAUCAACCGAUCAUCAGACUUCUGAACCAAAAGAGGCAGAUGAUUUCGGUAGAAAGGUGUUUUCAUUUUCGUUGCCCUUUGGAGGGGGCUUGACCAUGCCCAGGAUGGGUUUCAAGCUCCCUUUUUCUCACAACAAAGAUCCAGAAACCGAGGAUUUACGCUUGCGUAUUCAAAGGCAAGAAUCGCUCAGCACGAUGGACGAAGCAAAGUACUUCUCCAACACCAAGGGAACCGACGAUGUGCGUUUUCGGGCAAUGAAGCAUCUGAUUUCCCAGGGAAUCUCCGAAAUCCUUCCGGACUUUAUAAAGAAGGAGAGAACAUAUGACUCAGUAUUUAAUGACAUCGACGGCCCGAUUGUGAUCAUGGGGGGCUACCGAGGCUCCACUUUGAGAGAUACAAAUACAGGCAAACGGGUAUGGAUCCCAUUGAAGGCUGGCCUUAAUCUCCGCAAAAUUAAUUUGCUUCUCGGCCCGUCUGAAGAGGACGAAUUGCAUGCUAGUGACUACAUUUAUCCGGAUGGAGUACUAAAGAACAUUGGGCCAUUUGAUAUUUGUAAAAAAUUUAUCAAAAAAUUGGACAACAAUCCAAAAACCACCGUCAAGGAGUUUGGUUACGAUUGGCGACUCAGCCUCAGCCACUCGAGUGAUGAGCUCAUAAAGUGCAUGGAAGACCUUUACCGAACAAAUCGCAAACGAGUAAUAGUGGUGGCACAUUCUAUGGGCGGGUUAGUUGCCCACGGAGCCAUGCAAAAGCGCCCAGAAUUGUUCCGAGGACUAGUCUAUGUUGGCUGUCCCAGCGAAUGUCUCAAUAUUUUGGGCCCCAUACGCUAUGGCGAUUCAAUCAUGUUCUCGGAUAAGAUUCUCACUUUCGAAACCAACUUCAUGAUGCGCUCUUCCUUUUCAUUUUUGCCAUUGAACGGUCGGGUGUUCUCCAACAAAGAUACGGGUGAGUUUUAUGACCUUGACUACUUUGACCCUGACACUUGGGUGGAAUACAACCUCAAUCCUUUAGUAUCCAGCACAAGAAGAGACAUGGAGGAGGCAAGGCUUGCUGCUGAUGAGGAUACCAUGGUGGAAGAACCCGAGGAUAAUAUUAAGCUGAUGGGACUUAGGUCACCCAUAGGAACCAUCAGUUCACGCAUCAAACUUAUACCCACCGGAAUAAACCGCAAGUCCAAACCUAGUUUCUUGACCAACCUGCAAAUGCAGAAGAGACACAAGGAUGGACGCGUGAGCCCGGUACUUUCGCCUACGGAUAUCUUGACUGACUUCAAGUUCAGCAUAUCGUUUGACGAAGCAUAUAAUUACCUCAGCAGAACGUUGAAGCAAACUAAGGAACAUAUACUCAGCCUCGAAUACAAGGAAGAAUUGAAGUUCAAAUACCCUCCUAUGGCGGUUGUAUUUGGUGACACAGUGCCAUCAGUGCGAGGGUCGAAUGUCAAGAGUCGUCAGGACAUCAAAGAUGGCAACUAUUACGAGUUCUUCUAUGGACGCGGGGACGGCGUCGUUCAUUCGAGAUGGUUGAUGCCCGAAAACAAAGGUUUCAAACACUAUAACCCUGAAACAGACGAGGGGCACAUUGUCGGCAAGUUUGCCAGCAACUCGGGCCAUGUGGACUUGAUGUCUGAUCUUAAGACCAUGGCUAAUGCCUUGGAUGCAAUUAUCGAGGCAGACAAGAUUUGGGACAGGGAUAUUUGA